CAUGCGCGCUGACGUCUACCGUUUCAUCUUCCCUGUACCUGAUUGAGCUGCAGUCCAUUUGUCCCAUAUUUUUUCGACGGGCUGUUUUUGAUCCAAAAAGGAAUUUCGAGUGUCUUUUAUGAGUAAUCAAAGGCAACAGAAGCCUACGCUAACAGGCCAGCGUUUCAAACCUCGAAAAAGAGAUGAAAAAGAGAGGUUUGACCCAUCCCAGUUUCAGGAAAGCAUUGUGCAAGGUCUAGAUCAAAGCGGCUCUGAUCUGGAAGCUGUUGCAAAGUUCCUCGAUGCCUCUGGUGCCAAGCUCGACUACAGACGAUAUGCCGAGACUCUGUUCGACAUCCUGGUGGCUGGAGGAAUGCUGGCCCCAGGUGGUACUCUGUCUGAAGACAUGACCUGCACAGAUUUCUGUGUCUUCAAAGCACAAGAGGACAUGGAGACCAUGCAAGCAUAUGCACAGGUGUUCAACAAACUCAUCAGACGUUACAAAUACUUGGAAAAGGGAUUUGAGGAGGAAAUCAAAAAGCUGCUGCUGUUUCUCAAGGGCUUCACAGAGGCUGAACGCAACAAACUGGCGAUGCUCACGGGAAUUCUGCUGGCCAACGGCAAUGUCUCUGCAUCCAUUCUCAGCAGCCUCUUUAACGAAAACCUGGUCAAAGAAGGUGUUUCAGCCUGCUUUGCCGUGAAACUCUUUAAAUCCUGGCUUUCCGAGAAGGACAUAAACUCAGUUGCUGGCAGUCUUCGGAAAGUUGGCAUGGACAACAGACUUCUGGAACUGUUUCCUGCAAACAAACGCAGUAGUGAGCACUUCACCAAGUACUUUGACGAUGCAGGGCUAAAGGAGCUUUCAGACUUUGCCAAAAACCAGCAGUCUAUAGGUGCACGCAAGGAGCUACAGAAAGAAAUUGAAGAUCAGAUGUCACGAGGAGACCCCCACAAAGACAUUAUCGCAUACACCCGAGAGGAAAUGAAGAAGAGCAACAUCUCAGAGCAGACAAUGGUUGGACUGAUUUGGUCCAGCGUGAUGAGCUCCGUGGAGUGGAACAAGAAGGAGGAGCUGGUCGCAGAACAAGCCAUUAAACACUUAAAGCAAUACAGCCCACUGUUGAAGGCUUUUACCUCCCAGGGAUAUUCUGAACUCACACUUCUGCUAAAGAUCCAGGAAUACUGCUAUGACAACAUCCACUUUAUGAAGGCCUUCCAGAAAAUUGUUGUUCUGCUCUACAAAGCGGACGUCUUAAGUGAGGAAGCAAUUCUGAAGUGGUACAACGACGCCCAUUUGCCCAAAGGAAAAAGUGUUUUUCUGGAUCAGAUGAAAACUUUUGUCGAAUGGCUUAAAAACGCAGAGGAAGAGUCCGAAUCAGAGGAAGAAGAAACAGACUGAGGAUUCCAAACGACAAAUUCAAUGCAUUAUUUCAAUUUAACUAUACAUGAGAUCCUGUCAAAGGAUUUUUUUUUUUUUUUUUUUUUUUUAAACAGAAGUCCCUCUACAUUCUUUUAAUUCUCUACCUCUGCAUAUCAACUGUCAUAGAAGGGCUUUAAUAUUCUUUGGACUUGCUUCCUCUAUAAAUCAAUACUUGUACUUCUCUUUAUACUUCUUAAGGACACAGUCUCAGUGCCAGAUGGAGCUGAAUGGGUAUAAACUAUUCUUUUCAAAAAA